CUGACGCGAACCCGGAAGCUGAGAGCGCGGCACGUGGGACAUGUCCGGGGUCGUGCGGCGGCCCGCGCUGUUCGGGCGGCUGAAGGCGGCGGUCAUUGGGAUGGUGCACGUGGGAGCGCUGCCAGGGACCCCAAGAAGUUCUCUGCCAUUGGCCCAGAUCGUUGAUCAAGCUUGUCAAGAGGCAGAAGCUUACAGGGAUGCUGGAAUUGAUGGCUUGAUUGUAGAAAACAUGCAUGACCUCCCGUACAUGGUGUGUCCUGGGCCAGAAGUCACUGCAGCAAUGACAGUGGUUGGUGCUGCAGUGAGGCAGAGCUGUCCCCAUCUCCCAGUGGGUGUCCAGGUCCUGAGCGCUGCAAACCACCAGGCAAUAGCAGUGGCUCUGGCUGCAGGUCUUGAUUUUAUCCGGGCUGAAGGGUUUGUGUUUUCUCAUGUGGCUGAUGAAGGGAUUAUAAAUGCCUGUGCAGGUGACCUGCUACGAUACAGAAAACAAGUUGGAGCAGAGAACAUUCAGAUUUUUGCCGAUAUUAAAAAGAAACAUAGUGCCCACGCUCUGACGGCCGAUGUCAGCGUGGCCCAGACAGCACAGGCUGCCCAGCUCUUCCUGGCCGAUGGGGUGGUGCUGACCGGCACAGCCACGGCACUGCCUGCGGAUCCCUGCGAGCUGCAAGAGGUUAAGCAAGCUGUGAAGAUUCCUGUGCUGAUUGGGUCUGGAGUGACUCUGGAGAAUGUAGGGAAUUACUUGGAUGCAAAUGCUCUAAUAAUUGGUUCGUAUUUCAAGAAAGAAGGUUAUUGGGCAAAUGCUGUUGAUCCUGACCGAGUAAAGAAAUUUAUGGAGCACAUAAGUCCACUGAGGGAAUGAGCUUGUCAGUAAACAGUAUUUGCUUGUGUGAGUGUAUAAAUGCAGUACGGUAGAUUGUACAGAGUUAAAGCACAAAUGUGUGGCGGGCUGGUGAAUAACAUCAAAUAAAAAUGCACGACAUCUCCAUAACUAGCUGGGAAACACGGUGACGCUUUGCAGUGAACUGGUGCUCUGUUGGCUCCUAGGCAGCACAUUUCUGGGGUGCUCAAAGCCAUCAUCCACGCAAACCCAAUCCUGAAGGCUUGUGUGAUAUAUCCUCUCCUAUAACUGAAAUUCUUACGGAGUUAAGGAAUUUAUAGUAAAUAUUUGUCACAGGUGAGCUGAGUUCUGUUUUGCCUUUAAGUACAAUAGGAUGCCCUAAGUUUACUGCUAAAAGUAUUGUAAAUUGGACAAGUUAAUUAGGCUUUCAGUUUCCCCUUCUGUAAAAUGAUAAUAGUACCUACAUCACACAGGGGCUGUAAGAUAUAAUGAAUGAACGGGUGUACAGCACUUUCAUCUCUUCAAAUGAAGGGCUCUUUUAAAGUUCAAGAUCAUUAUUUUUUCAUUAGAAUUGUGCAUUUAUUACAAAAAUGAAGUGAUUGUAUGACACACAAAAGUUUAAGAUAAUUGGGAUAUUGAUUUACUUACAAUGCUUAUUAGAGAAUAAAUGUAAAUAUUUAAUUACACUUUAAGUGGAGUUGGAAUUUAGUCAAAAUGUUUUUGCCAAAA